GGCAGGUUUGGGAAGUUGUCCUGACCUCAGGAGAACAUAGAUCUGGCUCCCACUGUGUUUCAGGCUCUCACCACUGUGGGCUCGCAGGACAGGCUCUAGAAAACAGUGGCAACGGUGCCGGAGGAUGAAGGAGGCCGAGCUGAACAGAGAUAUGGCUAGAUAUUGCACAGACAACCAGUGUGUCUCCCUGCAGCCCCAAGGACUGGGGCCUAAGUCAGCUGCUCUCAUGGCUCCCAGGACCCUGCGGCACACCCAGGCCAUUCUGGCAUUGAUGGUGGUGACUGUGAUCUUCUCUCUCCUUGCUCUUUUUGUGGUGGCUUCACAGCCUUGGAGACCUGAGUGGAAUAAAGAUCCUCCCUUCAAAGACCUGCUUCGGGGAAACAACGACUCUGGACACAACAAUCAUUCCCAAUUUGUCAGGGAGACAGAAAUGCAAGAGGCUAUCCAGAGGCUUAGGGACUAUGAGGAGAAUUCUAGCAGCUGUCACAAGGAGGUACAGAUACUGAAGUACCAAAUGGACAAUGUUAGUUCUCUGGUGCAGUUGCUUGGGACCCAUCUAGAGGACGUGAAUGCUGACAUCCUGCAGACAAAAGAUGUGCUGAAGGGAUCUGGAGCCUUGGCUUUGGAGACCCAGGCACUGAGGAACUCCUUGGAGGUGGCCAGUGCUGAUAUCCAUAGUCUGAGAGGAGACUUGGAAAAGGCAAAUGCUCUGACUUCCCAGACCCGAGGUCUCUUAAAGAGCAGCACGGAAAACACCAGUGCUGAGCUCCACGUGCUGGGCAGAGGCCUGGAGGAAGCCCGGUCUGAGAUCCAGGCAUUCAGGGGAAGUCUGCAGAGUUCAAACGACCUCAGCUCCCAGACCCAGGGCUUUCUCCAGCACAGAAUGGACAACAUUAGUGCUGAGAUUCAGACCGUGAGAGAUGGCAUGGGAAGGGCUGGUGAUGAGAUGAGCUCAUUAAAGAAAGAGCUGGAAACACUCACUGUUCAGACUCAAAAGGCAAAUGGCCACCUGGAGCAGACAGAUGCCCAGAUCCAGGGCUUAAAAGCUGAGCUGAAAAGCACUAGUUCCUUGAACUCCCAGAUCGAGGUGUUCAACAGCCAAUUGAAAGAUGCCAGCAGAGAGUUACAGACCCUGAGAAGGGACCUGAGUGAUGUCUCAGCUUUGAAGUCCAAUGUCCAGAUGCUACAGAACAGUCUUCAGAGGGCCAAGGCAGAGAUGCAGAGUUUGAAAGCAGAUCUGCAGGUGACCAAAGCCCUCACUGCCAAGAUUCAGGGGGAGCAGAGUCGCCUGGGAGCCCUGCAGGAAGCUGUGGCUGCACAGAAGCAGGAGCAGAAGACUCAGGAUCAGGUUCUCCAGCUGAUCGCGCAGAACUGGAAGUACUUCAAUGGAAACUUUUAUUACUUUUCUCGUGACAAGAAGCCGUGGCAGGAGGCUGAGGAGUUCUGUGUGUCCCAGGGAGCACACCUGGCUUCGGUGACCUCUCAGGCUGAGCAGGCAUUCCUGGUACAGACUACGAGUGCUGGGGACCAUUGGAUCGGGCUCACUGACCAGGGCACAGAGAGCAUCUGGCGCUGGGUAGAUGGGACACCAUUCAACAAUGCCCAGAGCAAAGGGUUUUGGGCGAAAAAUCAGCCUGACAACUGGAGACACAAGAACGGAAUGCGUGAAGACUGUGUCCACCUCCGGCAGCACUGGAACGACAUGACCUGCGGGUCCUCCUACCCCUGGGUGUGCAAGAAGUCCACAGAGUGGUCUGCGGCCAGAGUAGGCUAGAGCUGAGUCUGUCCUCCCUGAGACUCCUUCAGCCUUGAUCUCACUUCAGGACUUCUUGUGUUCUGUUUUGCCCUGUCGUUCCACUGUUUAAAACCUGCUUGCCUCCUUCUUAAAGAUAAGCCCCGCAUUGGAGUCCCCCUCAGCAACCCAUAUCUGCCAGGAUAAGCUCUCAAUAAACACUCACUGAAUGGACAGAAA